AUGUGCAGGCUGGUCAUGAGUUACGAUUGGUGUUUUGAGCUCUUUAUGAGCUUGGGAAAACUGGGUACAGGAGGUGCGGAAUUUGUGCACCGUACCAGACAACUGUUAGCUGAACGUGGAAGAUCCUCUUUACAGUUUGUCGACGAUUCUAUCAUGAAACCAGCUCAAUUGUAUCUAUUUGUCUACAAUGCUGUCCAAGUUCUUGGAUGGGGAGUCAUCCUUAUAAAAACAAUCGACGGUCUCUCCAAACAGCUAUCCUGGCCAGAACUCUACACAUCUGUUGAGACUGAGGUGAAGAUCUUCCAGACGCUUGCACUUCUUGAGAUAGUUCAUGCAUUGAUUGGUAUCGUUCGAUCUCCCGUUGGAACAACCAUCAUGCAAGUUUGGAGCCGUUUGUUGUUAGUUUGGCCGAUUCUGCACACGUGUGCUACUGCACGUCAGAGCGUUGGUGUUCCGAUGUUUCUUGUUGCAUGGUCUUUAACUGAAGUUAUUAGAUAUUCGUUCUACGCACUCGGGCUGUUAAGCGCCGUUCCGUUUUUCCUCACAUGGUUAAGGUACACUUUAUUCAUUGUCUUGUAUCCUCUCGGCGUUACCGGUGAGCUGCUGACUCUUUUUGGUGCUCUUCCUGAGGUCGCCGAAAAGAAGUAUUACACCAUUGAGAUGCCAAAUCCGGCAAAUAUGGGCUUCUCAUUCUACGCAGUUUUGAUCGCUUCAGCAUUGUUCUACAUUCCGGGUUUCCCUCAACUCUACUUAUACAUGUUCGCUCAGCGCAAAAAGGUUCUUUAUGUGGAAGCUGCAAAGAAGAAGCAAUAA